UGUAACUAUUAAACAACUCGUCCUCAGGGUUCUCUCGCGCCUGAGCCCUAGAUUUCUGAUCGAGGGCUUCCGGCGACUUUGAUUAACUGCGCCAUAUUGAUUUUGGGAUUUUCAAUCGAGAAGCAGAAAGGACAGGCAAAAUGGUGAGAGUAGUGAGGAGCUGCAUUCAGUCGAUAUUGAAGUUGGUGAAUUCGCUUAUAGGAAUGGUUGGGAUCGCCAUGAUUUUGUAUUCAAUGUGGCUGAUUAGGGUCUGGCAGAAACAAAUGGGGGAGUCGCCAUUUGCUGGAUUUGAUUAUCCAGCUCCAUGGUUUAUAUAUGCUUUCCUUGGUGUUGGUGUUGUUUUGUGUGUGAUCACAUGCUCUGGUCAUAUUGCUGCUGAAACUGCUAAUGGCUGUUGUCUUUGUGUCUAUAUGGUGUUCAUCUUCUUCCUUCUUUUACUGGAGGCUGGUGUGACUGCUGAUGUAUUUCUGAACCGUGACUGGAAGGAGGACUUUCCAAAUGACCCAAGUGGAAGUUUUAAUGAGUUCAAAGAUUUCAUCAGGUCAAACUUUGAAUUCUGCAAGUGGAUAGGCUUGUCUGUUGUGUCUGUACAGGGAUUAGGUUUGCUCUUCGCCUUGCUGCUUAGGGCCAUUGGGCCACAUCAAUAUUAUGACAGUGAUGAUGAUUAUGAUGCUGCUCGAGCUCCUCUCCUUAAUGCAGCUCAUCCACGUUAUGUUGUUGGCGACCCUGUUUAUGGAUCCAAAAAAUGAGGCCUGGAAUAUAGGAAUUAUUGACAAGGGAAACAGGUGACUAGAUUUACUGCAGUUCUUAGAUAAUUGAGGUUGGGCAGCAGUAUGAGUAGAAGCUUAUCAUCUGAUGAAUAGCCCAUAUGAAAAGGAUUAUAGUCUUAGGUUUCUUACUACUUGCAAUUGCAGUACGAUAAAUAAUGUGUACAAAAACGUUGCGAAAUUCGCACAGUGCUUUGUAAUUAAUUAAUUCCUGUGCUUUAUUAACAGUUGCAAUAUUAACAGUUGCAAUGGAGGCCACCGUUUGAUUAUUGCAUUUAAGUGAAUAUAAUGUGUUUUCACUG